CACACCGGCGCAGAGGGCGUGAGAGCGGGUGCUUUGGGGGGGGUCGUGGUCGUGGAUGUGGUCGGUGGUUGUGGUGGUGCGCUUGGGGGGGAGUGUUGCCGGGCGAUAGCGCUGCCACUGGGGGCAGUGAAGGAAUGCAGUCGAGGUGCCUGGAGCAGCCCCCCAGGAUCGAGCUAG